GCUCCGCGGGCACCGCGCCCCCGGCACCGCCCCGCUCCGCGCCCCCGGCCCUGCUCCGCCGCCGGGAAGAUGGCGAGCCCCGGCCUCCGCCUGCUGCUCCUCGGUUACUUGGGGGUCCUGAGCUAUCCUGAAGUGUCCGGAAUUCCCAUUAAAACAGAUAACAAAAACGUAAAAGCAGAGGAGUUUAAGGAGGCAAUUCUUAGUUGCAAACCCGAAUUUCCAAAAGGGAUGAGCUUAAGAAUAGAAUGGAAGAAAAUCCAGCCUCAAGGAGUCUCAUUUGUCUACUUCAAUGGUGAAUUUACAGGUGAUCUUCGAGGCCGAGCAGAGAUGCUGAACACAGGAAUACGAAUUAGGAAUGUGACUAGAAGGGAUUCCGGGACCUACCGCUGCGAAAUCAGUGUCAAGAGGGAAGAGAGGCAAGACCUGGGAGAGGUUACAAUUACUCUCACAGUGUUGGUUGCUCCAACUACUCCGGUGUGUGAUGUGCCGAGCUCCGCGAUGACGGGAACAGUGGUGCAGCUGAGCUGUAAGGAGACUGAGGGCUCUCCUCCAUCUGAGUACCAGUGGUACAAGAACGGUGUUGCCUUGCUGGAAAAGACAGGAACAGGCAGUGCUAGAACACCAAAUAUAACUUACACCAUGAAUAAGAAGUCUGGCACUUUGAUAUUUAACACAGUUACAAAGAAUGACACUGGAGAGUAUUUCUGUGAAGCCUCCAAUGGGAUUGGAUUAUCUCAGAGAUGCUCAGUGAAGCGAAUGCAAGUCGAUGACCUGAAUGUAAGUGGUAUCAUUGCUGCUGUAGUAUUUGUGGCUCUGGUAAUGGCACUGUGUGGCCUUGGAGUAUUUUAUGCCCAAAAAAAAGGCUACUUUGCAAAGGAAAGCUCUUCCCAAAAGAAGACAAACUAUCAAUCUACAAGUGAAAAGGAUUUCAAGCACACCAAGUCCUUUGUUAUUUAGAAGAUUUCAGCCUCUGUGAGGGACAUCAAAAGAAUACUUGUUAUACAAAAAUAUCAAAGUCUCCUGGUUUCGACUGGGAUAAUUUUCUUCCUAGUAGCUGGUACAGUGCUGUGUUUUGGAUUUAAUGUGAGAAUAAUGUUGAUAACACGCUGAUGUUUUUGUUUUUGCUAAGUAGUGCUUACACAAAAUCAAGGACUUCUCCGUGUCUCAUGCUUGGCCAGUGAGGAGGUGCUCAAGAAGCACGGCUGGGACACCUGACCUGAGCUGGCCAAAGGGAUAUUCCACACUGUACACCAUCAUACCCAGUAUAUAAACUGGGGAAGUUGGCUGGGAGGGGGGGCCAAUUGCUGCUGGGGGACAGGCUGGGCAUCGGUCAGUGGGUGGUGAGAAACUCUGUUGUACAUCACUUAUCUUUCUUGGGCUUUACUCCUCUCUCUCCUUUUCAUUACAAUUAUUAUUGUUGUUAUGAUUAUCAUUAGUAUUAUUAGUAUAAUUAAAUUUUACUUUGUUUCAAUUAUUAAACUGCUGUUACC